GGGGGGCCGCUGACCGUGUUUAUGUUUUGUGCAGAUUUUUUUAUUCUCUUUUAUAUGAAACGGCACCAGAUUCAUAUCGAGAGGCUUCAGGGUAAAACCCGCCCGACGGUGUAGUUCUUUACAAACGAGUCACUUUGCGACAAAGCUGGCCCCCCCACUGCCUGUCACCAUGCCCGCCCUGCUGGAGAGACCCAAGCUGUCCAACGCGAUGGCCCGAGCCCUCCACAAGCACAUCAUGAGAGAGAGGGAGCGCAAGAGACAAGUGUUUUCACCUCCCAACCGUACAAAACCACCCAAUGUCCUCCACUUGCCCAAACACAACCUUUCAGAGGAGGAAGAGGUGGACAAAAUGAUGGAGCAGAAGAUGAAGGAGGAGGAAGAAAGGAAGAGGACAAAGGAAAUAGAGGAGAGGAUGUCCCUGGAGGAAACCAAAGAACAGGUAAUGAAGAUGGGGGAGAAGCUUCAGGGCCUGCAAGAAGAGAAGCAUCAGCUUUUUCUACAGCUCAAGAAAGUUCUCCAUGAAGAGGAAAAGAGACGGAGGAAGGAGCAGAGUGAUAUCACGACACUGACAUCAGCCAGCUAUCAAACCAGUCUGCCCAUGCAUGCAGGGCAGCACCUCCUCAGCCUUCAAGGCGGUUCCGUCAGCCACAGUCGACCUGGUGCUCUGCUCGGAGAACGAAGCAAACAGCUGUUCCCCACCACUGUGAUUCCAACACGUCACUACCAGUCGCCGAGCUUCAGCUCGUCCUCAGCAGAGCACGGGCAGUUCAGUGGGAGCCAGGGCGUCCAUGAGCCCUACGGAGUGGCUCAGUCCCAGCAUCCGUCCACCUACGCCCCUGGACCAUCUGUCAGUUUUGCGAGCAGCUCUCAGAUCAGAGGUGCGUCUGCGUUUCAGGCCAUGCAGUAUCUCCCCCACCAGCAGACUGGUUACCCCGUCCACAGUCACUUCACCUCCCAGCCUGGAUACAUCCCCGGAGCAGGGAUACCUCUUCAGAAGCAGCUGGAACAUGCCAACCAACAGUCGGGCUUCACUGAUGCUGGCACUUUAAGGCCGAUGCACCCACCAGCCAUGCAUCCCUCUGCACCAGGGCUGCUGCCCACACCGUCAAUGACGGUGCAGAUUCCCACGGCAAAGGCCCAGUUCCAGAGCUCCCCCCAGAGCGCUCCUCGCCACGGCUUCCUCCCCCACAGCCAGAGCGGCCAGAGGUUCUACCACCACGGCAAGUGAACUCACAGCCACGUGGAGCCGGCUGCGGUUUCACAGCUUCACUCUGGAUUCUGGAGAAACUUUUUGGACGAGUCAUGACUCUUCAACAGAACUCAUUAAGUUGGAUCACACCAUCAUAUUUGUGUUUUAUUUCAUGUAUAGAAACUGGUUUUAAGUUGUGUCUUGACAUGUGCUUUGAUUUUUGUUUUUUACAUGACUUUAAAUAAUGUUAAUUUGUAAAAUAGCCCUAUUAUUUUAACGCUACUCUGGAGGUGCUGCUGUGCACUGAAAUGUUAAUACCUGCAUGAACCAGCGCUUAUUCUCUGUGAACUAACAUCUUUCAGUGCGGUGCUCAGCGUCUCCGCAAAGGCACAAAAAGCAGAAUAGAGCAAAAGCUUUCAGUGGCGUUGGUGGUUCAUCACGUCCGACCCAACGUUAACUCAAGACGAACUUGUUAUUCACACCAAUGGAGGAUUUCCUGUGUUUUUCCUCUGCUGCACAAAUCAAGUCGGUUCUGUUUUAAAAGCUUUUGUGUUGCUGAAUAAAAAACGAUGAGUAAACGCCA